AUGAGUUACGAGGAAAUGAGCGUGGUACCACUCAAUUUCUCAAAUCCAAGAUACAUGAAAACGGUCCACAAUUUUGCACUCUCCGCGUCCAAGAGCGACCGUUCGAUUAUGAAAAAGGUCUCCUUAGCAGCCUGCUUGAGUGAAACCAAUGAAUAUGCUACCGAAAUGCCUGUGGGCGAACCCAUCACCAACAAAGUCAAGAUGCGAGUCUACCUAUCCGUAAGUCGUCCCAUCAAGAUGCUCGGUUCGGAGACGUGGACAGCACCGUCCGCGGUGAUGGCAAGGCUCGAAAAGGAAAAGGAAGACGCUUAG